GGGAAACUAAUCAAGCAUCUGGCAACACUGAAGCCUCUUAUAAAAACAAUGAAUAAUAACAAAGAAUAAACAAUACACUGUAAGCAAAUGAGCUCCCUCUUUCGCAGCCUGAACCAUUUCUCGUCGAAGCGCGAGAAUGUCGUCAAAGGAGCCCUCAUCAACACGCUGAAUGAAAAUGCCCGGGAAAUUGAGUUCGAGGUGAAGCAAAAGUCUCUCGAGGUCCUGGGCCUGUGCGAGCAGACUAGCUCCCUGUGCACCACAUUGGAGGCUUUGUUCCUGCACGGCCUAAAGGACUCCUUCCUGUCUGCCACCUUCAAUGUGCUGGCUGGCGACGUGGAGCGCAGGCCCGAUCCCAGCUUCUGGUCGCCCUGCCUAGUCUUCAUGCACAAGCAGGUGAUCGAGCAGAUCCAAAGUCUCAGCCAGAUCACUUCGGAAACGGGCCAGUGCCGGGCCUGGAUCCGCCAGUCGCUCAACGAGUCUGUCUUCUCGUCCUAUUUCACAAAUAUCCGGCGCAAUGGAUCCGCCUUGGGGCACUACUACAAGCGGCACGCUCUCCUCCGCGACUCAGAGGGCCUGGAGACGGCGGCCAAGAUCAUGGAGAGCCUCGAGGCGCAUGUCCAGUUCGACCUGCCGGUUAACUCCAGCCUGCUGAACUACUGGCCGGACCAAUCACUGCAGCAGUCGGAUCUGUGGACUCCUGCCCUCAAAGCCUGUCCGAUCAGCAGUGGCGAGGAUGUGGCCAGCUCUCUCGGCUCCGACAUUGUGGUCAUCCCCACACCACAGCCCCUGCAAACUAAUCAGCUAUUCUCGGAGUCCAUCUCGAAUAGCCCGUUCAGCAGGGGCGGAAACUUUGGGGUUGCAGACGCAAGUCAGCGGGAUAACUUUGACCUGUUGAUGCAGAAGUUCGACGAGAUGGCUGUGAUAAGCGAGGAGCCGUCCCCACCGGCAACGGAAGCGGCAGAGGUCGGAGAACCAGAGAAGAAAACCGAUGAGGUUCCUUCAGGCAGCAAGACUAGGAGUCGUAAAAGAUCAAAGCGUCACUUGGAGAGCUCCAUUGGCGACCUGGCGCUGGACGAUGAGCCACCCAGUCUGUUGCCGCAGGGCAGCAACUCUCUGACCAACUUAAUGCAGACUUCUUGGUCCGGUGACCUGGGCUCCUCGCUCGCCGACUCACCGUCAGAAGACCUCUCCGGAUCUCGGUUUUUGCAGCGAUCCGUGAGUGUGGGCAGCGCCACCAGCUUGCGAUCCCCGACGGACAGGUGCAGCUACAAUGCCGUGCUGAGGAAGCACGAGAGCAACCGUGAGAGCACUCCCGGUUGGACAGAGAUCUGGGAGAAGUUUCGUGCCAGUGCCUCCACCCUGAACAUAGCUCCCGGGCAGCGCGAUAGCGAUCCUCCAGUUUCAGAGGAUUUGAGCGAUUUGCAGUCUCUAGAUACCAAUUCUGAGUUCGAACUGGUCACCUCGAACUUUGAUCUGGCGGAGUUGCAACAAAUGGUGGCCCAGUUGUGCCAGCUGCCACGUGAGCCAGGACUGAACGCCCAAGGAUUCCUCUGCAAAAGCUGCCAGCAUCCGCUGGGAAUAGGAUACUCCAAUUUUCAAGUGUGCGCCUUCAGCGGCGCCUACUACUGCAACAACUGCAUGGAUGUGGAGACUCAGCUGAUCCCAGCACGCAUCAUCUACAACUGGGACUUCAGGAAAUACAGCGUCAGCAAACGGGCCGCCACUUUUCUGGCCGAGUUCCGUGCACAGCCUUUUUUGGACAUGCAGCUCCUGAACCCCAGCAUUUACUUUGCCUCCGACGCCAUGGCUGAGCUGCAGUCCCUGCGGAUUCGACUCAACUUCAUACGUGCGUAUUUGUACACCUGCGCCCCUGGCAGCAUAGAAGUGCUGCAGAAUCAGUUCUCGGGCAGGGAGUACCUGUACGAGCACAUCCACCAAUACUCGAUUGCGGAUCUGGGUCUGAUUCAGCGCGGGGUGCUGUGCCAGCAGCUGCAGAAGGCCUUCAAGCUGGGCGAGGCGCACGUGCUGAAGUGCAGGCUGUGCCAGCUCAAGGGAUUCAUCUGCGAGAUCUGCCAGAGCCCCAGAGUGCUCUAUCCGUUUCAUAUUAGCACGACCUACAGGUGCCUAACUUGUGGAGCCGUGUUCCAUGCCGAAUGCCUGAACGAGAAGCAGCCGUGCCCCAGGUGCGACAGGAGGCGCAAGCGAGAGGAUCAGGGUCUCCAGGAGGCCGUCCAGUGCCUGAAGGAGAAGCACGAGUCGGCCGAGGCCUAGUCGGGCGACGCCAUAUUUAGGUUCUAAGUUCAAAAGUGCGAUUUGUUAUUUACGUGUAACCGAGAAAAGGCUUUAUUCUACACUUACUCUAGGGUUAAGGCUACCAUGUUAUUGCUUUACGGCAUUUACGAUAUACUCAAAUAUACGGGAACCACAAAGACACCCACGCCCAUUAAAAGAGUG